AUGACUGAAGGAUUCCAAGGAACAGUCCAAGAAACAGUCCCAAGUAACAGUUCAAGGAACAGUCCAAGGAACAGUCCAAGUAACAGUCCAAGGAACAGCCCAAGGAACAGUCCAAGGAACAGUCCAAGGAACAGUCCAAGGAACAGCAAAAGGAACAGUACAAGGAACAGUCCAAGUAACAGUCCAAGUAACAGUUCAAGGAACAUUCCAAGGAACAGCCCAAGGAACAGUUCAAGGAACAGUCCCAAGGAACAGUCCAAGGAACAGUCCAAGGAACAGUCCAAGGAACAGCCCAAGGAACAGUCCAAGGAACAGCCCCAAGGAACAGCCCCAAGGAACAAUCCAAGGAACAGUCCAAGGAACAGUCCCAAAGAACAGCCCAAGGAACAGUCCAAGGCACAGUCCAAGGAACAGUCCAAGGCACAGUCCAAGGAUCAGUCCAAGGAACAGCCCAAGGAACAGUCCAAGGAACAGCCCAAGGAUCAGCCCAAGGAUCAGUCCAAGGAACAACCCAAGGAACAGUCCAAGGAACAGUCCAAGGAACAGUCCAAGGAACAGCCCAAGGAACAGUCCAAGGCACAGUCCAAGGCACAGUCCAAGGAACAGCCCAAGGCACAGUCCAAGGAACAGUCCAAGGCACAGCCCAAGGAACAGUUCAAGGAACAGUUCAAGGAACAGUACAAGGAACAGUCCAAGGAACAGCCCAAGGAACAGUCCAAGGAACAGCCCAAGGAACAGCCCAAGGAACAGCCCAAGGAACAGUCCAAGGAACAGUCCAAGGAACAGCCCAAGGAGCAGUCCCAUGGAACAGUCCAAGGAACAGUCCCAAGGAACAGUUCAAGGAAGAGUCCAAGGAACAGCCCAAGGAACAGUCCAAGGAACAGUUCAAGGAACAGUCCAUGGAACAGCCCAAGGAACAGUCCAAGGAACAGAUCAAGGAACAGUCCCAAGGAACAGUCCAAGGAACAGCCCAAGGAACAGUCCAAGAAACAGUCCAAGGAAAAGCCCAAGGAACAGUCCAAGGAACAGCCCAAGGAACAGUUCAAGGCACAGUCCAAGGAAAAGUCCAAGGAACAGUUCAAGGAACAUUCCAAGGAACAACGAAAGGAACAGUCCAAGGCACAGUCCAAGGAACAGUCCCAAGGAUCAGUCCAAGGAACUGCCCAAGGAACAGUCCCAAGGAUCAGUCCAAGGAACAGCCCAAGGAACAGCCCAAGGAACAGUCCAAGGAACAGUCCAAGGAACAUCCCAAGGAACAUUCCAAGGAACAGUCCAAGGAACAGCCCAAGGAACAGUCCAAGGAACAGUCCAAGGAACAGUCCAAGGAACAGUCCAAGCCACAGUCCAAGUAACAGUCCAAGGCACAGUCCAAGGCACAGUCCAAGGCACAGUCCAAGGAACAGUCCAAGGAACAGUCCAAGGAACAGUCCAAGCCACAGUCCAAGUAACAGUCCCAGGCACAGCCCAAGGCACAGUCCCAAGGAACAGUCCAAGGAACAGCCUAAGGAACAGUCCAAGGAACAGUCCAAGGAACAGCCCAAGGAACAGUCACAAGGAACAGUCCAAGGAACAGCCCAAGGAACAGCCCAAGGAACAGCCCAAGGAACAGUCCAAUGA